GUGAUGAGCGGAGGUGACCUCGGGAGAGGAGCUGAGCAUGAUCACGCCAAGGGACUGUGUGUGGCUGUGGUGUCCGUCACAAAGCUGGUCAGGGAUUCAUUUCCCUUCUUUCCAGGCUGGUAACGUUCCAUCACGUCUCUGGUGCCUGGUUCCUCAAGAUUGCUUAUCUUUUAACUGACCCUUGGUGACAAUUUAUUGAGAGAAGGAUGUCACUCUGAGUGCUGGUGAGUGUGCAAAAUGGCAGCGCAGAAGAUUCGAUCUGCAAACACCAAUGGCCUCCCACGCUGCAAGUCUGAGGGUGCCCUGAUUGACUUCAGUGGGGUUCCUGACCCUAGCCUCAGUGAAGUUAAAGUGCUGUCUCCUAGUUCUCUGCGCAUUGACAAUCCUGCAUCUCUCGAAAAUGUAAAGGAAGUUGUGGCCAUUAAGGACUAUUGCCCCAACAAUUUCACUACUCUGAAAUUCUCCAAAGGAGAGCACUUGUACGUACUUGACGCUUCUGGUGGUGACUGGUGGUAUGCACACAACACCACAGAAAUGGGUUACAUUCCCUCUUCUUAUGUGCAGCCACUUAACUAUCGAGACUCCUGCCUUAGUGACAGUGGAAUGAUAGAUGGACUUCUAGAGAGUGUGGAUGAGGGGGUAAAGGAACUGGACCUCCUGGGAGACUGGACCAACUCCUCCAAUCAGGACUCUGUUAAAAAAUGUCACAAUAAUCCCUUCCUACGACCCUCUGUUUCUAAUCCAUUUCUUAACGGCCCUUUAGUACCCCAGACCCAUACUGCAGACACUGAAAAUUCUGUGGAUUUACUUCUUUUUGAUCCACUGGCUCCUAGUCAUGCUAUUGCCUCUGAAACCAGUACAGAUGUGCUUCUAGAUCUGCUCCCUAACACCAGCCAAAAUGAAGUAACCGUGCCAGUUAAGAGAGACAAUCCAUUUUUCCGGAGCAAGCGUUCCUACAGCCUCUCCGAGCUGUCUGUCCUCCAGGCAAAGUCUGAGAGCCCAACUACAGGCAGCUUCUUUGCUGGCCUUAAGUCCCCAGCACCCGAGCAGUUCCAGAGUAGGGAGGACUUCAGAACUGCUUGGCUUAACCAUCGCAAACUAGCCAGGUCCUGCCAUGAUCUGGACCUGCUUGGCCAAAAUCCUGGCUGGGGUCAGACGCAGCCUGUGGAGACAAGCAUAGUCUGCAGGCUGGACAGCUCGGGGGGUGCCGUUCAGCUGCCGGACACGAGCAUCAGUAUUCUUGUCCCAGAGAAACAUGUUGCCUCAGGUGAAACUCAACAGAUCUCUCUAAAAGCCCUACUUGAUCCACCAUUGGAACUUAAUAAUGACAAGUGCACUACUGUCAGCCCUGUGCUGGAGAUCAAACUUAGCAACAUGGAUGUGCAAAGUCCUCUUACCUUGGAAGUGAGAAUUUCUGUGGCGCUAGGGGGUAAUGCUUCUGCAUUGAAUAUGGUAGGAAUAAAAUGCCUGCGGAGUGAUGCUAAGGAAGGGCCCUACAACUCUGUGACACAGAUUUAUAUGUAUGGAGAUACAGUUCAGGUAAAACUAGACAACUUAGAGCCAGUCAUGUAUGUUGUAAUGGUAGCUCAAGGACAGGGCAUUGUGUCCCCUUCUUCUGUGUGGGAAUAUAUUAAUAAGAAGGUCACUGUGGGACUCUAUGGGCCCAAACACAUACACCCAUCGUUUAAGGCUGUUAUAGUUAUAUUUGGUCAUGACUGUGCCCCAAAAAGUCUGUUGGUCAAUGAGGUAGGGCAGCAAGCUAAUAAGUCUGCUCCAGUGACCCUGCAGCUGUGGGGUAAACAGCAGUUUGUCUUACCCAAGCCUCAGGACUUACAACUUUGCCUUUUCUCUAACAUGACUAACUAUAGAGUGGAUGCUGGUGACCAGGGCAAAAUGGUGCGUGGCUUCCAGCUAAAACUUGGUAAGGUCAGUAGACUUAUCUUUCCAAUUACUUGCCAAGAUUCUGCCCAGCUCUCUGAUUUUACACUACGAGUUCAAGUGAGAGAUGAAGCUGGAGGUGUUCUAUCCCAGUACUGUGUUCAAACCCCUCAACCACCUCCAAAAACUGGGAGCAAGUCCACUGGACCGAGAAGAUUUCUGAAGAAGAAGGAAGUAGGAAAAAUAGUUCUGUCUCCCCUUGCUCUUACGUACAAGUACCCAACUUUCCAAGACCGACCAGUGACCAGUCUGAAGUAUGGGAAACUUAUAAAAACUGUGGUGAGGCAAAGCAAGAAUCCCUAUCUACUCGAGUACAAAAAAGGCGAUGUAAUAGGGUUGCUGAGUGAGGAGAAGAUCAGACUUAAAGGACAGUUGUGGAACAAGGAAUGGUAUAUUGGAUAUUACCAGGGUAAAUUGGGACUGGUUCAUGCUAAGAAUGUACUUGUUGUGGGUAAAGUAAAGCCAAGCUUUUUCUCUGGCCCAGAACUGACUACAGGGCUUCUACUGGAGCAAAUCUUGCGUCCUUGCAAGUUCCUGACCUACAUCUAUGCUUCUGUGCGAACCUUGCUAAUGGAAAACAUUGGGAGCUGGAGAUGUUUUGCAGAUGCCCUGGGUUAUGGAAAUUUACCGCUUUCGUACUUCUGUCGUGUAGAAUUGGAGAGUGAGACAGAAAGAGUGGCCUCUGUCCUAGAGAAACUUAAAGAAGAGUGUAACAGUGAAGGCAAAGAGAAGAAAUCCUUCCAAAAAGAGUUGAUCAUGGCCUUGCUGAAAAUUGACUGCCAAGGUUUGGUCGUGAGGCUCAUUCAGGACUUUGUUCUGCUUACAACAGCGGUGGAGGUUGCCUCACGUUGGAGAGAGCUAGCAGAGAAAUUAGCAAGGGUGUCCAAGCAGCAAAUGGAAGGCUAUGAAGCACCACAUCGUGACAGGAAUGGAAUGUUAGAUAGUGAGGCCAUGUGGAAACCAGCUUACGACUUUCUCUUGACAUGGAGUGCACAAAUAGGAGAAAGCUACCGAGAUGUCAUCCAAGAGUUACAUACAGGUCUAGACAAGAUGAGAAGUCCAAUCACCAAACGAUGGAAACAUCUGACUGGAACCCUUAUUUUUGUCAAUUCUCUGGACAUUCUUAGAGCUGCAGCCUUCAGUACUCAGGAACCCGAGGACUGCAUAAUCUGAUUACUACCCACAGAAAAAGAACAGUGGAUCUGCCCUGGUGUAUUUGCUGCUGCAAGGACAGACAUUUCACCAGCUUUUGAAUGAUUUUGGUUUUGACUAGCUAAAGGAAUUCAUCCACAAGAAUGUGCAAAGGAGUAAGAACAUCAAAAGUACUGAGCUUGGAAUAGAUCUGCACACGUUGAUACAUUUAGCUGCUGCCCUCUCUGGCAAUGCAAAGGGCCUGCACUAAAAAAAAUAAAAUAUUUAGAUAAAUAUUAGUUUUAUGUCUGCCAUGUAUAUAGUGUAAAAUAAUGUGGACAUAAGCCAGAGGCACAAGAUUGUGGAUGACCUGCAGCUUUGUGCUUUCAUCUCUGGAACGUUGACAAGCACAGAGGCAUUAAUUAUGGAUUCUUUUCUACCUUUGUACCUGAAGCUUUUAAAUUAGCUUAGACUUUAAAGAGUUCCCAGAAGGCUAAAUACCUAGUGUGCAUUGUAUUGUGCAAUGGUUUCACAGAGACAUUACCUGAUUAUCCAUUGGUUUUUAAUUUAUCUCUUCUGCUGACAAUAAAAGAGAUGUGCAUAUUUAUAUAAAUCCAGGAACCCUUCUACUAA